GGCGAUGGACCGUUGCGAUAGUACGCGCGAUCGCCUUUGACAGUGUCGCCCGUGCACGUCGACGUGAUCGUCGCGGACGCGAUUUUCGCCGUGUGUAUGUAUGUACAUACGGGGUAAGAGGUACGAUGCCGAGGCUCUGAGUCGUCCGAGGGGUGGCAUCGAGCGAUCGAGCGGGGGAUCCUAACCGGGGGAAAACGGCUGUGCGCCCAAGAUUCUAAACAUGGAAGAUGACAUGAAUUGGUAUAGAGCUGAAUUGGAUUCUAGAGAAGGGCUUAUACCAAGUAAUUAUAUUGAGAUGAAGAGCCACGACUGGUACUAUGGCAGGAUAACCAGAGCAGACGCUGAAAGAUUAUUGAUGAACAAACAUGAAGGUGCCUUUCUGAUCAGAAUCAGUGAAAGCUCCCCUGGUGAUUUCUCCUUAUCCGUAAAAUGCUCCGACGGUGUGCAGCAUUUCAAAGUAUUAAGAGACGCACAGGGCAAGUUCUUCCUGUGGGUUGUCAAAUUUAACAGCCUCAACGAAUUAGUGGAGUAUCAUCGUACAGCGUCUGUUUCUCGCUCGCAGGACGUUAAGCUGCGUGACAUGGUCCCCGAGGAGUGUUUAGUGCAAGCGCUCUACGAUUUUGCCCCGCAAGAGCCUGGCGAAUUGGAGUUCCGACGAGGGGAUGUAAUUACCGUCACAGAUCGUACAGAUCAGCAUUGGUGGCACGGAGAAAUCGGUAAUAGACGGGGACUGUUUCCGUCUACCUAUGUCACGCCAUACCACUCCUAGGCCUCAUACGGCCGAACGCACAGAGGCCGUUAUUGGGAACAGUGGCCGCCUUAUCCCACCUCUAUCACCUACAGGAUCCGCGUUGCCGCGGAUUUGAUAAACAAUAUUUUACAAACCUCACCUAUCGAAUGGGCUACCAAGGUGUACUGGUGGUCACGUCGAAAAGUCUUCUAAAUACGGCUAAAAAAUGAAUCGAACGUAUACUCCAACACGAAAAUCCUCUUGAAUACCGAAGAAGAAUAAGCGCGUUUAUUUAAUCGAGGAAAAAGAAAGCGAGAGAAAGAGAAAAUCGUCAUCGAUAUCACAUCGAAACAUCCAAGCACGAAGAUAUAACGACAUCUAGAAUUUAAGGACGAUUUGAGUAUUUAAAGAUGUUCGACGAUCGGACGAUAUCCGAGAAUCCGAAGAUCUCUAAUGCGAUAUCCGGGAAUCCAAAAAUCGGAAGAAUGCUUUUCAUCUAACGAUUCAUCUAAAGGAUGUAAAGAGAUGCCUAAGAGAUGCCUAAGGAUCUACGGAUUCAAGCAUUUAUAGAAUUCUAACAAUUUACACAAAUGAUCCUUUAUCUAAGAGUUAUCUAAGUAUCUAUGGAUAUCCCCAACGAUCUAAGGGUCUCUCGCGCGGUCUCCGUCUGUGGGGGAUCGCGUUCGAGGUUAACCGAAUAUGUAUAUUUUUGUUUUCCUUUUUUUUUGUAAACCUUUUUGAGGACUCUAUACUUUUUCUUUACUUAUUGCGUAAAAGCACCGAACUUCGUAGCAUUAUUGUGUAAUUAUUAUUAUUAUCUUUUAUGGUUAUUAUUAUUAUGACUAUUAAUGUUAUGUUACAUUUUAUUGAUAACAAUAUAUUAUAUUAAUUAUAGCCGCGUGUGUGUGCUUUGUUUACUUGUGCCCAAACGAUAGCGAUUAUUCCUUUGGAUCACGUGGAGUAACGUGCUAUAUUUAGUGGCGAGCCGAAUGCUAGCCGACGACGCUGCCGCUUACGUAGCACAUUAUUCCAUUUAUAGUAACAGUGUAGAACGAAUGAUUGGUCGGUCUGCCUGUUGUCAUUACGCGCUAGCGAAUAUGCCAUCCGGGGAAACUUCCUGCUCGUAUGCGUCUUCAGCUUUAUCGGUCGACCGCGAUAAAUUCUGGAAGCGGAAAACUCUCACGCGUCUCACGAUCGAUGUCGUGCCACCGGCUUUAAAAGAACGAUGUUCGACGUUUGCGCUCCCCUCUACAAGUAGGAUCAAAAAAGCGCUAUUAAGAAUUAAACGUUAGAUACGAAUGAAGAUCUAAUAGAAAUUACGUAGUGGAAUUUGUGAAUUAGGGGAAACUUUUUUAAAAUCCUUUUUUUAAGUUAUCCGAGCUUAAGCACCUUUCAGAGCGCAAUAUCAUAUCCCUUCGAUUAAGAAGUGUACGAUUAUUUAAUUAUUGCGUUUGAUAGACUGCUAAAGUAUUACCUAAUUACGCUUCUGAUUCAAUUUACGCGCAAAUUGAAUCUUAUUGAAUAAGAAAAAAAACAGAUAAGAGAAAAAGAUGGGUAUGAGUCACGAUAAGUCAUUUGGAAACGUAUUUUACGGAAUAAAUGCAAUUAGAUUUAACAAAAACAAAAUCGUGUAUGUACUAUUAAUAGAAUGAAUCAUUGAACUGUCA